AACUACAAGUAUGUGACGGAUGGGAUGGCUUGCGUUACCCUAUAUAUCCUAAACUCGUCGUUUUCAAGAGAAAGACACGGAUCGCGGGGGAUUAACGAAGUUAUUUUCUCUUAUAAUCGAAACACGCCGCGAGGAGAAUCACCGAGAGCUCAUCCCGGUAUUAAUAAAGCACUAUUCGUGAUUGCAGAUUACAUGAAGAUGAGCUUCUACUUGUCGCGCACGGUGAGGGACCGGCGGCGAAGUCGUGGCCAAGGUCGCUUCGCCUGCGACAACUGCGACCGUCGUUACCACCAGAUGAAGAACCUGAGGAGGCAUGUGAUGAACGAGUGCGGCAAGCAGCCGAUGCAUCAGUGCUCCUUCUGCCCUUACAGAGCCACCUACAAAUCGUAUCUGCAGGUGCACAUGAUGAAGCACAUGAAGAAGAACUUCACGCCUCGCACGGUCGUUCUCAAGCAACAUCGAAGCUCGUGAGAGCCCUCUUGAUUCGUAUCGUCGGACCCUCGCUCUUUUCAAUGUUAUAUAUAUAUAUACAUAUAUGUACAUUAGAAUGAAAAUCUCGAUGACAGUUCUCGCGGAACUGAGAACGACGAUAACAUCUUCUAGUUCAUCGUUGCGGUCGAGCGCAUUGCACAGGGUGUGCGUCCUCCUCGACUAUUAAAGACUCCAAAUCAUUUUUUUGUUGAAAGAUUCAUCACUGUGCAGUCGCUCGUCUGUCACCGUGAUGUUUGACAUUCUUAACAUGGGUUCUGCACGCUUUUGAAUAUUCAUACUUGUCGAGCUAUUGUUGCUCUAAGCCAAGGUGCGCGAACGUCCAAGCGCGAUGCGUUCGAUUCACAUAUAUUACUGAACAGGAAGCAAAAGACAUCAUUGACGCCUUCGGAACAUUUCCGCGAGAGUGAUUCCUUUAAUCCUUUCGCUACGACACGUGUGAAACUAAAAGCGUUAAAGCUAAGUUAACUUCGUUUGCAAAGUGAAAUGUUUUGUUCGUUAUGAAUGAUUUAUUUUCGAGUGAAUUUUUGAACGAUUAUGCGCAAAAAUUUAUCGUAAACACACACACACACACACACACACACACACACACACACACACACANACA